GGGUUCUUCACCUUCAAAUUUACAUUUAUUUGUACCAAGUGCCAACAUGUUUCAUUCACACCUAGAGCAUGCACAAUGAAAGGAUUAAAGAUAACCGGAAAAUAACUACACCACAGAGAGUCAUCCCAAGGGCCAGAGGAGAUAGAGAAGGAGGUAAGAGAGAGGAGGUCAAGAAAGUGCAAAAUCUGGCAAGAUUCCAGUGAGAUGGCCAGAAAACCUGAGCUAUCAUUUGGCCAGGAAAAACCUAUAAUUUUAUAUUUCAUUUAUUUCUGUGGCAGCUGAUUUUUUCUUUGCAUUGCUUUAAUGACAGCAUUCUUCUUACCUGGCUAAGCAUUGCAUUU